AUGUCCACCCGCCAACCCGCGCGCCCGCGGCGCAUCGACGACGCCCUCUCGCAGCUCGUCGACUCCCUUACCCCUCCGCUCUCAUUUUCCGACAUCGACGAUGGUUACGCCGACGACGCAGAAGAAGCCCUCGCCGCAGCAGAAGAACGACGACACCAGGACAUCCUCGAGCGGUCAUGGCGCAUCCUCGACACCUACACGAGCGCCGCCAACAACGAUCCGGCCUCGCCGCCGGGCCCCGGAAUAAACAGACGGGGAAGCUUAGCAGGCGGGGAGAACAUCAACAACGCGUCGGACCUGAUAAAGCGGAAAUUACUGCGCGAGAAUGCAAGCCCCGAUAAGGCGGUGCGGUUCUCGAAUCUUUACUCGCGUCUGUUGACGCAGCCGGUGCUGUCGCAGAAGUGGGCUAUCUUGUACCUGCUUUAUAGGCUUUCUGGAGCGGAUGAUCAUGAUGGGUUUAUUAUGGAUGAUGAGGUGAUGUUGGAGGCGAGGAGUCCGCCGGUCGAGCCGGCGAAUUUGCAGAAUGUGCUGUGGAAGGGACAGAGGACGAAACAACAGGGUUGGGGUGUUGGUGAUCAGUCGGAUGAGGAGGGGCCGGCGAUUAGUUCGUCGGCGUCUCAGUUGCCUGGGAGAAUUGAGAGGAAGGCUUCAGUGCGACGGCAGGAGUUGUUUGCGGAUAAGGAACGAGAAGCGGAGGUUGAUGGGGGGUUGCAGACGACGGAGAGGCCUCGAGAGACUCGGGUUACUCGUAGUCGCGCGAAUACUGGGGUGAGAGAGCCGUUCAGUGAUGAUCAGAAGACGAUAAUACCGGAUCCUGGUCUGGAGAAGGAGCAGAAGCCUACGGGACCUUUGGAAGAUGGGCUUCUUCGUGAUUUACCGUUUAAUCUGCAGGGCUUGUCUUCCUCCAAUCUGCAGUUCUCCUCAUCGUCCAUCUUGAAAUUGCCGCCGUCACUGCCGUUGCCCGUCGUUUCGCUUCUGAACUCUCUUGCAGAGCCCUGUCUGUUAUAUCGUGGUUUGUCGUCCUUUGUUGAGAGCUCGGGCGGUGGUCUUUUGAGCCAGAGCUUGCGUGCAGCUCUCUCAAAUGAGCUCCGUUCGUAUCUGGGCCUAGUUGCUACGUUGGAAGGAGAGAUCCGACGGGCGUUGGCGGCACCCGCAGAUCCCAAUGAUCCUAGAAGUGCCUCUAAGAGUGGUGUGACAUUGAAGCGAUGCGUUGUCUGGACGCGAGAUGCAACUAUGGCGCUGCGAUUGAUGAGUCUUAUUGUUGAGGAAGCUCAGAACAAGAAAGGUGGUCAAUUGAUCUCUCUGAUUCAUGGCUUCUCGACUUCUCAUGGCGACCCGUUUGUAUGCGCUCUGGCAGAAAAGCUCCUCAACCAUGUCACACGGCCCUUCUACGAUAUGCUCCGGCUUUGGAUCUACGAUGGCGAGCUGUCCGACCCCUACAAAGAAUUCUUCGUUGUCGAGCCCGAGUUUAGGCCCAGUACGGACCCACGUCGCAUUGCGACCAGUGUUUGGGAGGAUAAGUAUAAGCUUGACGAUGAAAUGGUACCUUCCAUAAUCACACAAGAUUUUGCUAAGAAAGUUUUCCUGAUCGGAAAAUCACUGAACUUCAUACGAUAUGGCUGUGGAGACUCGGGGUGGGUCGAAGCCUAUUCGAAGGAAGCCUCCAAGGAACUGCGGUACGGCGAUACGGCUACCUUAGAGUCUUCGAUUGACGAAGCUUAUAAGACUACGAUGGCACGACUGAUCUACCUUAUGGACGAUAAGUUCAAGCUCUUCGACCAUCUUCGCGCGUUAAAGAAAUACCUAUUGCUCGGACAGGGUGAUUUCAUCGCCUUGCUGAUGGAGUCAUUAGCAUCCAACCUCGACCGGCCAGCUAAUUCACAGUACCGGCAUACACUGACUGCCCAGUUGGAGCACGCUAUUCGAGCCUCAAACGCGCAAUACGACUCCCCAGAUGUCCUCCGUCGACUUGAUGCCCGCAUGCUAGAACUCAGCCACGGAGAGAUUGGCUGGGACUGCUUCACCUUGGAAUACAAAAUCGACGCCCCAGUAGAUGUAGUCAUCACACCCUGGGGCUCCACUCAAUACCUAAAAGUCUUCAACUUCCUCUGGCGUGUGAAACGAGUCGAAUUCGCCCUAGGCAGCACCUGGCGACGAUGCAUGACCGGCGCGCGCGGCGUCCUAGGAAGCGUCAACGACAAAGUCGGCUCGGACUGGAAAAGAGCAAGAUGCGUAAUCGCCGAGAUGAUCCACUUCGUGUGCCAACUCCAGUACUACAUCCUAUUCGAAGUGAUCGAAGCAAGCUGGGACCAACUACAAGCCUCCAUCUCCAAGCCUGGCUGCACUCUAGACGACCUAAUCGAAGCACACACCAAAUACCUCAACUCCAUCACCCACAAAGGCCUUCUCGGCUCCUCCACGUCCUUCAAAAACAACACCACCUCCUCUUCCUCAGCAAACCCCAAACAACAGCAAGAAGAAGGCUUCCUCACCCAACUCCACCAGAUCCUCAAAAUCAUGCUCGCCUACAAAGACGCCGUCGACGGCCUCUAUUCCUUCUCCGUCGCAGAAUUCACCCGCAGACAAGAACUCAGCGCCAAAAUAGAAACUCGCACCGCCCAAGGCCGCUGGGGCCUCACUGACCGCGAUCUCCGUCGCCCACUUCGAGGCCACAAGGACUCCGUCUCCUCUUCUAUGUCCCCCUCCGUCGCUGCUUACACGCCAAACCUCGCCGGUGGUGGUGGUGACGACUUCGGCAUCGGCACCCCUUCUUCCCUCAAUCCUCACGACCUUUCCGCAGACGACCAUAUGCUCGCUUCCCUGCGCGUCCGCCUCCGCGACCUCUCCGCAGAGUUCCGCUCUCGUCUCAACGUCCUCCUAGGCGACCUUGCCUACCAGCCUGACGUGGACAUGCGGUUCCUGGGCGUCGUCAUGAACUUUAAUGAUGUAUAUGAACCCGUUCGGAGACGCAGGACCGCGGGCUCCAGUUCGCGUGAUAAGGAGAGGGCGAGACGUAAGGCGGCCGCUGUUGCGGCUGCUAAUGCGACUGCUGCUGCGGAGGGUAAUGCGUCGUCGUCAAAGGAGGCGAGGAGAGAGAAAGAAAGAGAGAAAGCGGAAAAUAGCGGGACUGGAAGCGCUACUGGGUAA